AUGAAUCUUCGAUUUGCAUCCUUGGCCUUGCUUGGUCUAUCCUCUAUUCCCGCAGUAGCAUCCCAAACUGCAGAGGACUUCUUCUUCGUGCAUGACUUGAUCAGCAACAACUUCAACAGUGGCCGGAAUCUUGUUCGCCUUGCCUUUCACGAUUCAAUGGGUGGCGUGGACGGCAACAUUGACCGAAACAGUGAUGAGCACAAUGGUUUGCUCAACACUUUUGAUCAGCUGGAUGAUCUAUGGACCAAUAACCAACAGUUCCUUUCAGCAGGCAUGACUAGAGCUGACUUCUAUGCAUGGUCCUACAUUGCCGGCUUUUACAUUGCGGUCCCAGGAAAUCCUCCGUGGGUUCCCUUGACAUUUGGUCGGGCAGACUUUAACGGUGGUGUUACAGAAGAUACCCCACCCGAUUCUGAGCUGGGAAGUGGUGAUCACAGCGAAGUCCUUGCAUACUUCCGAAACUUUUUUGGAUUUGACGAACGUGAAGUGGCUGUGAUCCUAGGGGCUCACACCUUGGGAGGAGCAAAUCCUGGCAACUCUGGUUUUACUGGAGACUGGACUAGACAGGAGAACACAUUCAACAAUGGCUACUAUGAGGAAAUGCUAGAUCCUGGUCAAGGCAGCGGUUGGGAGCAAAUCGAGUUGAACAAUGGCCAAUUCCAGUGGCAAUGGGAUUGCAAUGACAACUGCCAAGAUCUGAUGCUCAAUGUGGACAUCAACCUCUUUUAUGAUAUUGAAUCCUACAUGGAUGCCAGCGGCCGUGUUUCUCUCCCAGAUCCUCUCCCGCCCACGGCCGACGAGGACGACUGCGAUGGCAAUCGCCUCUUUGCCGACUGCUUCCCCCUUAGGGAAAAUGAGGCCACCCACACCGCUGUCAACGACUUUAUCGACGACAAUGGUCAAUUCCUGGAAGAGUUUGCAAUUGUCUAUUCUCGAAUGAUUGAUCGUGUCAAGAAUGGUGCCUCCUUGACGGUCAUUCCAGAACCUGCCAACUUUCAGCAACAAGUCGGUGGCGGCGGAGGAGGUAACAAUGGUGGAGGAGGUAACAAUGGAGGCGGAGGCAACAACGGUGGAGGAGGAGGCAACAAUGGAGGCGGGGGCAACAACGGUGGAGGUGGUAACAACGGUGGAGGUGGCAACAACGGUGGCGGUGGCAACAAUAACAACGAUUCACCGGACGAAGACGGAGGAGGUAACAACAACGGUGGUAGAGGAAACGGUCGAGGCGGCGGAGGAGGUGGUCGAGGAGGAGGUCGAGGUGGCCGAAACCGCAAUGCCAACUUUGGGAUCAAGGGAACUGCCAACAAUGUCGUCAAAGUGAUGCCCACGACCACGUUGGACUCCUCCGGCGUGGAAGAAGAAGACGGAACCGAUGACUUUGGUCUUCGAAUUGUGGACCCCAAGAGUACUCCUACUACCGGUACGAGCGUCACCAAGAUGGAUGUUUCGUACAACUAUGAUCAUGUUCCGGACAAGACAUCUGGUGGUGCUGCCACCGGAACUGCCAGAUUUGAUGAAAGUUUGCCAGUUGAUGAAGAGGAAGCAAGCGAUAAAGCCGCAGAGGCUGCCGCCACGACCUCCUCUUCUUAUGGAUGGCUCUACUCGUCCAAGUCUGCUGGAGUCGUGCACGCCAAGUGCAGCGUUCUGGUGUCUACGGCGAUUAUGGCACUUGGAUCCGUGUACCUCGUAGUCUAG